UAACUUUCAUAUUGGACCACCCAUCAUUUCACCGACUGUUUUGCAGGGAAAAACAUGAAGUCUCUCUUAGCAAUCCUUUGCCUUGCAGCUCUACUAUCCGCAGCAGUUUCUCAGUGUACUUAUGGUGAUGUGAGACUGGACGGCGGAGCUGGCCCGUGGGAAGGAAACGUCCAAAUCUGCAUCAACAAUACGUGGGGCUGGGUCUGUCAGUAUGGAUGGGGCAAUUUAGAUGCCAGGGUAGUCUGCAAACAGCUAGGCUUCUCUGAUCCAGGUGGUAUAAGUCGUAUUUAUGCAUACUAUGGCUGGCCCAAUGCUAGUCAGCCAAUAUGGCUUGAUAAAGUUCAGUGCACAGGAGCAGAAACAACUCUACUAGCAUGUCCCAGGGCAGCCUCAGCACCAAUUGGUACAGUGACAUGUAAUCACAACGCUCUAGCCGGUGUAGUGUGUCAAAGUGGUGGUCCAACUUGUUCUAAUAAUGCUUUGAGGAUGAUUCGAUCCCAGACAGGAACACCCUUUAAUAACAGAGGACGUAUAGAGAUCUGCUCCAACGGACAGUGGGGAACUAUAUGUGACGAUGGAUGGGGAACUAACGAUGCUAAAGUUGCUUGUGCACAACUCGGAUUCUCCAAAAAUAAUGUUGGUGCCUAUUAUAACUCAGUUUUUGGUAGUGGAUAUGGCCCAAUCGUUAUGCAUCAUUUGACUUGUACUUCAUCGGAGAGCACCAUAGCACAAUGUGGUAAGACACUAGGUUCUUCUGGUUGCAGUCACAGUGAAGAUGCUGGGGCUAGGUGUGCAGGAAAAAUAACAACUAGCUGUGUAUCUGGUACCUUUAAAUUGUGGAGGGCCUAUGGAGUUGGGCCUGCUCACGAUGGCUUAGCACUUUACUGCAAGAACAGCCAGUGGGUGCCUGUCUGUGAUGAUAGCUGGAAAUGUGACAAUGGAAGACUUAUAUGCAAGAAACUCGGAUAUGCAGGAAUAUUGAAUACAAGAGGAGAAUACCAUUAUGGUUACUAUGAUGGGACUGUUGAUCAUUAUGCUUAUUCUUGUUCCUCUUCUCACACUGACCUAUCUCAAUGCAGCUAUUACUAUCACUCCAGUUGUAAUGCUGGUCAUGAUCAGCUUGGACUAGUAUGCUACUCACCAAUAAUAGGAAAUGAGUGUACUAAUGGACAAGUUCGAUUGGUUAAUGGUGAGACUCCAGCUCAAGGGAGAGCAGAGUUUUGCUAUGAAGGAUUCUGGUAUCCAUUCUGUGAGAUGAAUAGCAACACUGCUCUAGCAAUCUGUCAAACACUGGGAUACAACUCAUCAGUGGCUACUAUAUAUUCUGAUCAGAGAUAUGGUGAUACUAAUAAGUACAGCAGUUUCAAGUGGCUCAGUUGUCCCAAUGGAGUCCACAACACUGACAAUUGUAAUGUAGUUCAAAAACUGACUGGAGGCUGUAGGAUUGUUGUUGGCAAAUGUUGGAGAGAAUAUGGAGUAGGCUGUCACAAUACUGGUACAUGUACCAAUGGUGAUAUGAGACUCAUUGACAGUCCUAUCGAUACUGAGGGACGUCUGGAAGUGUGUGUGGGUGGAGUUUGGGGUGGAGUCUGUGGUGCUAACUUUGGAAGGAGUGAUGCCUAUGUUGCCUGCAGUCAUCUUGGAUACAGCGGAGCAAACCCUUGGGUGAGAUAUUCUGCCUAUCAUGGAGAGAGUGAUGGGCCAGUACUGCUGAAUAAUGUGAACUGCCAGGGUUGGGAGAGCUCCUUUGAUCAGUGUGGGAAGCAAGUCUUCCCUUCAUUUUAUAGGUGUGCCCCACAGUGGACCAUUGGCCUAGUAUGCAAAGACAAUUGUACUUGGGGUAGUGUUAGACUAACUGGUGGUCCAUUCCCAAAUGAAGGAACUGUUGAAGUUUGUCUUGGCCAAUGGAGUUAUGUUGCUGCUGAUUCUUUCUGGUCUAAUACUAAUGCUCAGGUUGUUUGUAAUCAAUUGGGUUUCACCAGUGAAGGAAGCACUGCAGUAGCUCGUUCUGGUUCAUUCUACGGUAAAGGUCGUAGACCACUCCGUCUCGUUAACAUGACCUGCAGUGGAAAUGAAAAGAAGCUAGUUCAGUGUGGCCAGUACAAGUACUCAUACAAUGAUGGAGUGAAUGUACUAUCGCAGUAUGAAGUGGCUGGAGUUGACUGCAUUUACGAUGCACCUACAGAUCCUCCUUGCGUUAUGAGACCUUCUUCAUAUGAUACUCCUAAUACAGGAGCUACUGCUUGUACUAGUAAUGACGUGAGAUUGACUGGAGGAGAUGCACAGAGUGGACGAUUGGAGAUGUGUAUAGAUGGAUACUGGUCGCCAUUCUGUAAGAUGGAUCCAUUAGUAGCUCAGGUUGCUUGCAAGCAGCUAGGAUACAAUGAUUACUCAUGGGGUGCUAUAGUAGAAGAUGAUACCUUUGGAAGACUAUUGAACUACAGUUUAUUUGAUAAUAUAACUUGCACUGGCUUUGAGAGUUCACUGGCUCAGUGUACUAUCAAUUAUAACACAGCCUGCACUCCUUUCUGCUGGAGAAGUAACUUAGGACUAAGGUGCUAUGAUAGUGGAAAGUGUACUAGUGGAAACUUGAGGCUUGUUGAUGGCUAUAUAGAGAAUGAGGGAAGAGUAGAAGUGUGUGUUAAUGGAGUAUGGGGAUCUGUCUGUGAUCAAGGAUUUGAUAAAACUGAUGCUCAUGUUGUAUGCCAACAACUGGGCCACCCUGAACUAGAGCCUGUUGUCUUCCCUAACUCUGAAUUUGGUGAUGGAGUCUAUCCAAUUGUCUACACUAACAUGAACUGUGGUGGCUGGGAGAGCAGUCUAUCUCAAUGUGGCAAGCAGACCUACCCCAACUCAGCUUGCUCUCGUAGCAAUGUUGCUGGAGUAUUGUGUGGCUAUGCUUGCAAUGAUGGUGACGUGAGGCUGGUGGGUAGUCAAUGGAAUUAUGAAGGAACCGUUCAAGUUUGCUUUGAUAAUCUCUGGGGACAAAUAUCUGAUUCUGGCUGGACUAGAAAUGAUGCUCAAGUUAUCUGUAGACAAUUGGGAUAUGAAGCUGAAGGGUCACUGCCUACUUACAAGUCUAGAUAUGGCAAGACCAACUUUACCAUUCACUUGAGCCAGGUCAAUUGUGGAGGAAAUGAGGACAAUAUCAAUGAUUGUACAACAUAUAUACUGCCACUGACUCAAGGGAAAGCACUACUGGCCACUACUGAUGUAGCUGGAGUCAAGUGCUAUACUCCUGAUCAGUGUGUCCCUCCUCCUAAUGUAACUGGUAGUGCAUGUACUGAUGGUCAAGUUAGACUAACUGGAGGGAAACCAGAUAUACCCGAGGGAAAUGUGGAGUAUUGUUAUCAAGGGACCUGGUCACCACUCUGUAACCUAGCACCAAUGGAGGCUACUACUAUAUGCAGACAGCUUGGAUACACUGAUACUAAUUUGACUGCUGUGUUCACUGAUGGCCGAUUUGGUAAAGUGGUCCCAGGUAGUAACAUGACCACGAGUUUGUUCCAGAGGUUCUCCUGUGCCAUUAACCCUAACGGUAUCUCACUAUCAAACUGUGACAUAGUGGACAGUUGCAUGAGCACUUGUAGUUACCCAAUUGGACUCAGAUGCUACACUCAUUCUGAUUGCUCUGAUGGUGAUGUCAGGCUCACCAAUGGUACAUAUUCUACCCAAGGAAGACUUGAAGUUUGUUCUAAUAGUAUAUGGGGCAGUGUCUGUUCAACUGGCUUUGAUCCAACUGAUGCUUAUGUUGUAUGCAAUCAACUAGGACUUGGAGAAGCAGAGCCAACUGUCUAUAAUAAUUCUUAUUUUGGUGAUGGAGAUGGUGCUAUUAUAUUCUCUAAUUUCCAAUGUCAGGGAUACGAGCUAUCCACUUUCUCAUGUCCAAAGGAUGAGUAUGGAACUUUUGAAUGUGCCCGUGGGAAUGUCGUUGGUAUUACGUGUCAAGCUUCUUGCUCUGAUUCUGAUGUGCGUCUAGUUGGUUCUAACAAAACUUCAGAGGGCACGGUUGAGGUCUGCUAUUACAAUAACUGGGGGAUUAUAUCUGAUGAAUCCUGGGGCAGCGAGGAAGCACAGGUUGUCUGUCGUCAACUUGGUUUCAGCAAUCCUCAAAAUGCAAGAGCAGCCACUGGUUCAGCUUAUGGUAAACCCAAUGCUCCAGUCCAGUUAAGUAAUGUAGGUUGCAGUGGUAGAGAAGCUAACCUGAGCACCUGUCCUGGCAACCAGCUAACGCCAGAGGAGAGUCAAGCAGCUUAUAAUGGCACCAGUGCAGCUGGAGUGGUCUGUAUACCGCCAGUAACCAGUGGAGCUGGUAGUGGCUCGUCUGUCAAUGGCACAACAGCUGCUAUGAUAUUUAUGAUUAUAUUACUGGUAGCUGCUAUUGUCGUGAUGGGAUUUGUCUUUGUAUUUGUCUGUUAUAAGAGAAAGCAGGGUUACUUGACUGUUGAUCUACCUAAAGUGUCAGAGGACUACUCCAGUUCAUCAAGAGGUGUUACUAAUCCUAUAGCAGCCCCUGGCCUGUUUGAUGCAGUGAAACCAGCUCGAUACUCUUUUGCUGAUUCAACUGGUCUAACAGCUAAUGAAGACGCUGUAGAAGAUGAUGAUGAUGAUAAAGGAUUUGAAGUUGCUGUACACAGUGAAGAUUAAUUAAAUAAUUGCUACAGUAUAAUAGAUUAUAUAAAACAACACACAUGCACAUGAUUCCCACAAUACACAGCUGCUAAAAACUACUCCAUUAUUUUGACACUUAUACAUAUGCUGCUUGCAUUUUUCUGAAGCUACUUUUCAAAGUCUAUGAAUAAUAAA